AUGGCGACACAUCGCGAAGCAAACAACCCGACGUUCUCAUACGUCGAGCCUAUGCCAUGGCCAAAGGAUGUGCCCAAGGUGGAUGAAGUGGGUGCCACAUCUGCACCCUUGAAGUCGAUUGCGUUCUUUUUUGGUCAGUUCUGUCAACCGUACGCGGAAGACUUUAUGCUGUGCAAAAAUGAAAACCGGGACCCAGAGCACUGCCUUAAGGAAGGCCGAAGAGUCACUCGCUGUGCACAGGAUCUGUAUGUAUAUACGUAUAAGCUAACAGGCAGCAUCCAGAAAAUCGGCGAGAAAUGCGGUAACGAGUGGGACGCGCACUGGCAAUGCCUGGAAAAGAACAAUCAAAACCUCAUUAAGAAGAUCCCAGGCUCUCCUGAGGGCCAGCCCCAGAUUCAUGAGAAGACCAACCCUGUUGUCACGCGGCUGCAGAAGUAG